AUGGCUGUUAACAUUGGCCAAAUUGUGAAUCCUCUAGUCUAUAUUAAUCCUUCCAAGAAAUUGCAAAGUUAUAUUAGGGACAUCAAAAUAUCGCCUGAUAUCCCCAAUGGCUUGAAGAACUUUGUAUUUAAGAAUAAAUUGAAAUAUGAAGGAUCCACAAAGCUGUCAAAACUGGAAUAUUUGACUACUGAUGCAGACAGAAAGUUCAUUAAAUCUCUGGUUGUAAGUUUUGAAGGGUCUAACUCAACUAUUAUACCACCAGUAUCAAAGAAGUUGAACUCAUCUGAUAAAUUACUUAGUUUGCAUGAUUUGCAUUGGCUCUACAGUUACAUUAAAAAUGAAAACAAGUGUGGUGGCCAAAAAGUAUAUUUACAUGAACUUCUGGAGGGAUCAGAUGUUAUUUUGCCGAAAAACCAAGAAAUACCUAGAAGCGAGGAGCUUGACAAGAGAUGCAAACGCUUAAAGGCUGAACAGGACACAAAGGAAUAUCAAAAAAUGACUAAAAAUGUAGACAACUCUAGAAAAAGACUUCCCGAAGACACAAUUGGCUAUCAAAUACGGCAACUCAACAAACAGCUGAUUGCAAUUUUUCAAUUCAUACUAUCGGUGGUGGCUGGAUUUGCUUUUGGUUUCAUAGGAGUCGAACUUCUAAUUGGAAACUUAGAUUUUGGUUUCCGUCUACUGCUAGGUAUAAUUUGUGCCCUAGUUAUUGCUCUAGCAGAGUUGUAUUUCUUGGCGAAGAAGCUGAAUGAAGAUUUACAAUAUGAGCAAAUAGCGUCUCAAGGAAAUAAAAAUAUAAAAGUAGAUUAAAUUCAGUUUUGUAUUUUAUAUAGGUUAAAAUCAUUUUCUUAAUAUUUAAGUUCUAUGCAAUCAAUAUAUUUAGACUUAUUUUAAUUAGUUAUCCAUUUUUGCUGUGAAUAUUUGUUGGCAUAUUGUCUAAAAUAAGUAUCUGUUACAAAUGUUGGAAUAUAUUGUUCGUUUCUAAA